CAUGCGGAACAUGAAAAAAGCUUGAAAAAUCUGUACUGGUUAUGGUGAUCUGUGCCACAUGUUUGACAUCAUAUGAAUGGGUUUUAUUAUUGUAUUUUGCAAUGUUGGCUUGUUGCUACCGUGGAUGGCAGAGCAUGGCUGCCAAUACUUUAGUAACAUAAAGAAGACGUGUAUUAACUAUAACUUGUAUAAAAUGUCAGAGGAAUAGAUAACGAAUAAAAGCUAAACAUCCAUUUGAGAAGGUUUCCAAUUUCAAAACUUUGCCUUCCUUGAUCUCUGUGUUGCCACCUACUGCCGCUCUCAUAAACCAUCAAAUAAAGAUGGAAAUGGAAAUGCGAAUUAUAUGAGUAAAAAGUGGCGUAUUAUAACAGGGAGGCUAGAAAUUGAAGCAUAUUUAGAGCUGGAAGUUCUCUGAGCUUUAUUAAUUUUGAAAAUGGCAGCGCAGAAAGCCAGAGUGCUUACGGCUGAAGAGCUGGUUCAUUUGAGAAUAAAGGUAGACAAAACACUGCCCUUAAAAGGAACCAAAGAGUUUCAACCUUCACAUUCUUGGCUUGAAAAGAAGCAAAUUCAGGCUGCUUUAGAUGAAAGAAAAGUUCUUCUUGAAGAAGAGAGAGUGGAGAGAUUAGGAGCAUUAACAACAGCUGACUGGGAUGCAGAACUGAAAAUUGCAAAUGUGACAUGUAGAGUGGGUCGACACUGGAAACAGAUGGGUCAUGAAGCUGGAGGAAAACUCCAUUUAUUUCCAGAAGAAGCUUUGUUUCUCUUGGAAACUACCUGUCUUGAGCUCAUGCACAAUGGUGUACCUAUGAGCAUUCAGGAAGGUUACAGCAAGCUGCUUGGUCCUGACACAGGCUGCACAUUCAAUGAGUAUCAAAGUUAUGUGCAUCUUGUACGUCAAGGCUACAUUGUACUGCGACACUCCAACUCCAUCAGAGCAACUGACUAUGAGCGACAGAUACGACUUGAUCAGUACAGUGUGGGGCAGAAGCAAUGUAAGAUGAAGGAAAAUGCUUCAGUGCGAGAAAUAGUUAUUGAAGAUGGUAAUAUAGAUACCAAGGAACAUACUGGGAUUAUAAAGGAAUCCAUUAGGAGUGAAGACAUGCAAAAUGAUUUGAAAAUAGAGGAACAAGAAAUUAUUGAUGUAGAGACAUUAGAAAUUGUGAAUAUGAAUGAUGACAGAACACCUGAUAAAGUAACUGGAGGGAUGGAUGAAGCUUCUAAAAGAAGUGGGUCUGUAGAGAAAUCAGUCUCUAGGAGUUCUUUGAGAAGUGGUAACAUUAAGAGUAAUCCUUUUGAGUCUAAAAUGACUGUGAGAACUGAUCCAGAAGGAAAGGAUAUUAGUACCAUAAAUAAGACUGAAAGUGGAGAAGAAACCAUUAAGAUUGUCAAAGAUAAAACACCAGUGCAAGAAAAAGACUCACAGACAGAAUAUGUUUUAGGGUCAGAUAGCAAUUGCAAAAUGAAUUGUAUUAGUGUUGAUUAUCAGAAUUGCAAAAAUGAUCUUCAAGUGGCAGACUUAAGAUGUGGAAUAAAUGAAGAGAAUAUUACAGGAGAUGGAGUUUCUGGUGCAGAACCACAGAAACAAAGCCAUAGUGAAAGUAGCAAGACAAAUGAAAUAGAAGUAAUUUCUGGCAUAACUGCACAGUACUCUAGGAUUAUGGUUGUUGAUGUUGAAACCAUGACAGCUAGCAGUUUAAAAAAAUCUGACAUUGGUAUUUGCUCUCAAGAUGGUCAAAGUUCUAAAGAAACCAAUAAUGAAAAUGAAGGCUCAUCAUAUAGAAAAAGUAUAGAGAAGUGUGAUAAUUAUACAUCAGAAUUAGUUAAACCUUCAGAACCAACAUCAGAUGAGAUGACUGAUGUCACCAUUAUAGAUGAUGAUAGUUCUACCUCAGUAGAUGUCAGUUUGAAAGAGAUAUUUUCUGGAGACAAAAAUGAAAUAGAAUCACAGAAAAGUGGAUGUGAAGGUGAUAAAAAACAGUUAACAAAUAUGCAAAAUGUACCACAGAAGUGUGAAAAUGUAAUCACAGAUUAUUCUGAUAUUGUAGAUGUUAGUGACAGCAGUCAGAUAUCAUAUCCAGACCUAAAUACUGAAUGUUCAGCAGCAAUGAGGAAAUGUGAUAAUAAAAAACAAACUUUAAUUGAAAUAGUCAGUAUAGAUGACUUCAAGGAUGAUGCAGAUAAUGAAAUUGUUGAGGUAAACCAUUCAGCAUCUGGUAUUAGAUGUAUUUCAAAUUUUAGGCAGAGGAAGUCAAAUCAAAACAGUGUAAAAUGCAGUGCAGAUAAGAAUGAAAGAAAUGUAUUAAAGAAAAAUAUAACUGUAAUAAAACCAGAUGUAAUAGAUUUUGAAGGUGAUGCUGUAACUAAUGUUACACUGUCACCAUCUACACAAAAUUUAAAGCUUGGUUAUAAGAGCAGGCUGCCUUCAGAAGACACUGCAUGCUUUGGCAGAGGGAAAGUUACCAACAUCCAUUUGAAACAUGAUGAGGUAGAGAUCACACCCAGCAUCAUAGACAUUUCAGAAGAGAGAGUGAAGCAGGGUCCAAGUCACAUAAACCAAAAAGAAGCCACGUCUAGAUGCAGAACUGAAAUUCAGGUGGUCGAUCUGGAGCAUGAAGGUAUGAGACCAAACAUGUCAUGGGAUGAAGAAAGAAUGAGGAUUCUUGAUUCUAUCCCUAGUAUUGAUAGAAAAUUUAUUAUACAUGUGAGAGUGCCUGAUGAGAAUCUGCUACCACCAAAUGUUUGUCCCCAGAAUAAAGACUAUUAUAUCCAAAAGUGUCGUCUUAGUGCACCAGGAAUUGGUGGAAAACUGACAGCUCAGCUGCCAAAUGACAUCGCUCAAUGGCAAAAUGGUCAACCUCGCCAGACUGAUGGUCAAAUAAAUCCAUGGAUUCAGGAUCCUACUUACUUUGGUGGUGGUGGUGGUAUAUGGAAUAAUAAUGCUUUUCCUUCAUCAGGCCUCUUUAUGAACCAGCGUUACCAAACUCCAUUCCCUGGAGCAUCUGAAUUACGGACUGUAUUCCAUCAGGCUGCUGCUUUGUUGUCAGUUUUUGGUAAUCCUGCUUGGGCACAUAAUAGGAUGUAUGGUAUGCCUGCCCCGGCAACCAUGCCUCAACAUUCAAGGGUCCCAUAUGACCAACGACCAUUUUGGUAUCAUCAGACGAGACCUUAUCAUCAGCCAUAUUAUAAAAGGAGAAGGCGGAGGUUUGAAACACAGUACCGUAGUGCACCUGUGACACUUGGGAAACAACAUUUUGAAAACCAGACUAGCAGUAAGAGUGACAUGAUUCCACUCAGAGUGGAAGGUGAAGUCCAUGAAAGAGCACUGAAAGUACCCUCUGAAGGUGAAAAAUAUGUUGCUGCUGCUACUGAUAAUGGUGUGAUUGAAUGCAUAUCAGUCUCUCAUCCAACAAAACCAGAAAAUGAACCAAUGGAAUGCACAUCAGGUGAAGGUCAAAAGUUUGACAGUGGAAUUGAUAGACAUGAUAGUGGUGGAUACAGGAAGCGGAAAGAAUCAACGAAUACAAGGUUUUUUCAACCACCAAAGAAAUUAAGAUCAUUUAUUGAAAAACUGAGAUUGGAAACAAAAGAAGAGAAAGUAAAGAAAGACAUUUUGAGGGAUGAAGUUCAUAAUAAAGAAUCUAAACAAGAAGUAUUGGAACAGGAAGAUAAAGCAAGUGCUGAUGUUAAAAGCUGGAGAGCCUUAAAAACUGUUAUGCAGGUUGUGGUCUUAGACUCAAGCAGUGAGGAUGAAGAUGAUGUUUGUGUAGUUGUGGAUGAUAUCCAAAGAUCAGAAUUGGAAAUUACUGAGCCACUGGUACAACCAGAGGAUUGCAAAAAUUUAGAUUCAGUCUUAAAGAAGCUGCAGAUUAUUAAGCCCAUGAAUUUUGAGCAUGAGAGAAAAGUUGGAACAAAUGAGAGACUGAAGAUCAGUUUUGAUCUGUACCUGCCCACUGCAACAUUCCGCAAAGCUAGUCCAGGUCUUCCUAACUACAGGAUCACAGUAGUUGGGUACAAGGAUCCCAUACCUGAACCAAAAGAAAUGAUUGCACUCCUAAAAGAUUUUAAAGAUGAUGUGCCUCUGCUGUUUGCUGUUGUCCUCCCAAAUACAGUCACAUUCCUCCAAUUUGGCAGUGUUAAACUACCUGUUGAGACAUUUUGCUCAUAAUCUAUUUUAUUUAUUUUUUAAAUUCCAGUUUGUUAUAUAAGAAUUUAGAUCUUAAUGUUAUAAACUGAAGUAUUUAUUGGAUCUGAUAAUAUAGAACAAUAAAUCAAAUUGUAUAUUGUAAUGGUUCAGAUAUACCUAUAUCAGUUCAAUAAAGCAUUUAACUGUA